CUUAAUUACAAAAACAACGCACCCUCCAAAAAAAGAAGCUAAAUUCAAGGAAACAAAAUUCCAACUUAUAAGGGAACUACAAGGCCAUUUUUUUUUCUUCAUUUAAUUACAUCCCUUAAUUCACCAUCAAAAUCUCUUAUCUAAUUUUUUUUAGCCCUUUAAAUUCUCUCCUCUCCUUAGUUUCUCUUUGAAACCAAAAAAGAAGCUGCAAAUUUUGAUCUUCUGUCCGUUGUACCCGGAUCCGACCCGACCCGGGUAUGUUGACAUAUUCCUGUUCAUCUUUGUCUCAUUUUCUUGGCUGAGUCCAUUAGAGAGAUCCCAUUUCUGGAAAAAGGCUGUGGCCUUUUUUUUCUCUGGUUUCUUUGUUUUCAAGGGUUCUGCAAUUAAGCAGUCUUAAUGGGGAGUUGUGUAUCAACACCUGCUAAAAAAAUCUAUACAGAGAGAAGGCCCCGUCGUUGGUCCAGAAAAUACCACCGGAAGGUAUCUGGUUGUAUCACAGAUGGAACCAAGAAAAGGACUAGUGAUGCUCGUGUAACGGAUAUAGCUGUUAGUGAAUAUGUUCAUAUGGAUUUUGAGAAGGGUGCAACAACUACUUGUAGAAGAUCUGAGGUUUCAAACUCAACAUUCCAUCUCACCCAAUUGCAGUGGCAUCUUAGUCAACUUGAUCCAAAUGUAGCUUGCCAAGAGGAUGCAUGGUUUGAUUCAGUCAGUAUUCUGGAAUCUGAUUCAGAUGAUGAUUUCAUCAGCAUUCAUGGAGAUGGUUUUCCAUUGGUGGGCAAUGCAAUUGGGAAUAUAUCAAGUGGUCAGGUGCUUCAGUAUGAAAGUUCUUCAUGCUUUGUGGAUGGCAAGUGUAAAUAUGAAGAAUACCAUGAAAGUUAUUUAAAAAUAGAUGGAGGCAAAAUGAGCAAAGAUGAAUUGAAAGAAUCAAAUCGGUUUUCUCUCAUUAGUAGCCAGGGUCAUGAGCUUUCACGCUUUGGAAAGGCUGAUGAAAUUUGUAAUAGGAGGAAGAAACUAUUAGAUCAAUCUUAUGGAAGCUUUAAAGGUCUGAAAGAGGAUAGGCGUAAAUCUGAAGAGAAAAACUUAAGAUCUGGAUUAUCCAGAAUGGUUCCUUCUGUUAGUUUCAAUGAGAAGAUUUUGACAUCAAGUAUGGCUCCACAAGCCCAAAGAAAAAUAUCAGCAGUUUUUAGGCUUUCUUUUAAGAGGAGAUCAUGUGAUGCAGAAGACAAACUCGAAGAAUGCUCAGCAAAACGAUUUUUAUAUCACCCCAGAGCAGGAUAUAUAAUUCCGUGUAGCAAGGAUGAGAAGGCAAAUCAAGGAUGCUGGUCCGAGAUUCCACCUUCAACUUUUAAACUUCGAGGCGAGACCUAUUUCAAAGAUAAACGGAAGUGUCCUGCUCCAGAUUACUCCCCAUAUACUCCAAUAGGUGUUGACUUGUUUAUCUGCCCCAGAAAGAUAAAUCACAUUGCCCAACAUAUUGAACUUCCUAAUGUAAAAGCAAAUGGGAAAGUCCCUCCUCUUCUAAUUGUUAAUAUUCAGUUGCCUACUUAUCCUGCUGCAAUGUUCCUUGGUGAUAGUGAUGGUGAAGGAAUGAGUCUUGUUCUCUAUUUCAAAGUUUCUGAGAAUUUUGAAGGAGUCAUCUCGCCUCAAUAUCAGGAAAGCAUCAAGAAAUUGGUUGAGGAUGAGAUGGAAAAGGUUAAAGGGUUUGCGAAAGAAUCUACUGUUCCCUUCAGAGAAAGGCUAAAGAUCAUGGCUGGGUUGGUUAAUCCUGAUGAUCUCAAUUUGAGUUCUACUGAAAAGAAACUUGUAAAUGCUUAUAAUGAAAAGCCAGUUCUCUCACGCCCUCAGCACAACUUUUAUAAGGGCCCUAAUUACUUUGAGAUUGAUUUGGACAUUCAUCGCUUCAGUUAUAUAUCAAGAAAGGGACUUGAGUCAUUUCGAGAUCGUUUGAAAAAUGGAAUACUUGAUCUGGGUUUAACCAUCCAGGCACAAAAACAAGAGGAACUUCCAGAGCAAGUGUUGUGCUGUUUGCGACUGAACAAGAUCGACUUUUCCGAUCAUGGCCAAAUACCUAUGCUUAUGACUGUUCCUGAUAACUGACAUGGUUGUGAAGGUGCGGGAUAUGACUCUUGCAAGAUUUAUAAACUCUUGUAUGGAGUAUCAACAUGUUCAUUUUGUACAAGCUCACUUGUUACAAUUCCAAGCUUUAAUGAUGAAAGAAAAGAAAAGCUUUAUUGCAAA